AAAUAAAGGAUCCGAUACUCAAAACCCAACAAAAUAAAUCCCACACAGACAAAGAGAGAGAAGAAAGACAGCAACUUUGCGAGCUUUGAACUGUCCAGUGACAAUGGCCGCCAUUGUCGGUCUCUUUACCCUUCUUCUUCUUCUUCCUCCUUCUCUGGUUUUUUCGCAGUGCACUCGCCGUCCGCCGGUCAUCUUCAACUUCGGCGACUCCAACUCCGACACCGGUGGCUUAGUCGCCGGACUUGGCUUUCCCAUUCUCUCCCCUAAUGGCCGAACCUUCUUCCGUAGAUCCACCGGCCGCCUCUCCGAUGGCCGCCUUCUCAUCGACUUUCUCUGUGAGAACUUGAAUACGAACAUGUUAAACCCUUAUAUGGAUUCGUUAGCGAGAUCAAAUUUCAAAAAUGGAGCAAACUUUGCUAUCGUAGGAUCGUCCACUCUCCCCAAGUAUGUUCCUUUUUCGCUCAACAUUCAAUUCAUGCAAUUUGUUCAUUUCAAGUCCCGAACGCUCGAACUUCUUAACACCAAUGCUGGUUACGAGAAUUUGAUCGAUGAUGACGGUUUUAGGAAUGCGUUGUAUAUGAUCGACAUUGGUCAAAAUGAUAUAGCCGACUCUUUAUCUAAGAACCUUUCUUAUUUCCAAGUGGUUAAACAGAUUCCAUCGGUCAUUUCCGAAAUUCAAAAUGCUAUAAAGGGUUUGUAUGGUCAAGGUGGAAGGAAGUUUUGGAUACACAACACGGGGCCGUUAGGUUGUUUGCCUCAGAAACUCUCAUUGUUUCACAUGAAAGAUCUCGAUCGAUAUGGAUGCAUUUCGAGCUACAAUAACCUAGCGACAUUGUUCAACAAGGCAUUAAGCCAUUUAUGUCGGGAAUUGAGAUAUGAACUGAAAGACGCAAGUAUUGUAUACAUUGAUAUUUACACUAUCAAGUACGAUCUGGUUGCCAACUCCUCACUAUACGGUUUUUCUGAUCCUCUAAUGGCAUGUUGUGGCGCCGGGGGACGUCCAUACAAUUACGACAUUAGGGUGACGUGUGGUCAACCGGGAUAUGAAGUUUGUAACGAAAAUUCAAAGUUCAUCAGUUGGGACGGGAUUCAUUACACCGAAGAAGCUAAUAAGAUCGUGGCUUCGAAAAUACUUUCUAGAGCUUAUUCUACUCCGCCAUUACCUUUUGAUUUCUUUUGCAACAAUUGAGUUCAAUUAAACCAUAACUUGUUUCU